GUUGACUUGGCCUCAAUGGUUUCCGAGGCUCACUGGCGGACACCACCCCUGCGCACGAGGCAUGGCGGCCUGUUCGACCUCGAUUGUGAGGUGAGGCCCCCGGCCGAGCCCAGUGCAGCCAAGCCGACCCCUUCUCUGCCAUGACCAGGCGUGCUGGCUCGAGCUUCAGGGGGGGAAUCUCCAGAAGACGCCCGGACAUGUCACAGCAAGACCGCCGCCGCCCUCGAGAAUAUCCCGACGGGGUGAUGGCGAGCCUCGCGGGCGUCCAGCUCCCAGCCGUUCGCGCGCACUCCUUGCGACGUGGCCCCGUAGCGGCGUGGGCGGAGGCGCCCACCGCGUCGCCCGCGCCGAGGCAGAUUUCGAUCCCCAGGAUGGCCGGCGGGCGCCCCGGCGCGGGCAGGUGGCUCCAGAUCAGCGCCUUCGACCCCGAGAGGGUCCGAAGGGCCAGCGGACUCCAGUCCCCCAGGCCUCCGCCAGUGGCGGCCCCGUGGACUCUCAACGGCGACCUUCCCUACAUGACGAGGCCCGCCAUGAGGACCCCCGGCCAGGGGCUCGCCCCGCUCAGCGGCACGUCAGGCCGGCUCGUGGCCGAGGCGCUCACGGCGCCCGAGCUGCCCACGGUGCAGCUGGCCAGCAGCCGCGCGACGAGCUACCAGCCGAGCGACACCGCGUCGAUCUCCGGCCUCUCCGCGGAGUCCCGGAGCCACUCCAAGGCGAGCGCCGUGACCCAUCGGGCGGGCGCGAGGGCGCGCGAGGCGGAGCAGCCGGGCGCCUCGCCGAGACCCGCCAGUGCCACCGGCGUGCCGCCGGCGACCUGCCACGGGCCGCCCGGCCCCGACGGCCGCGGGGAGGCCCCGAGCGGCGCGGGCCCAGGCCACGUCGGCGGCGAGCUGGCCGGGCCCAGGCGCCCGCGAGAGGCGGCGCCCGCCCGGGCCCGCCCCGGCCAAGCCCGGAGGUCGCUGUCUGCGAGGGGCAGCAGGCGCGCGCCCUCCGCCCCCAGCUGGGGCCCAGCUUCGCUCCAGACAGCCGCAGAGCAGCCCCACUCCCGUGGACGCCUGGGAGCGCGGCCCGACGCGUGAGCUGCCGCCAGGCCACCCCCGCGACCACCCGGGCGGGCCUUGGCCGGCCGACCCCUGCGACAACCCGCGUGGACGGGCCACGAGAAGUAUUUCAGUCGGGCCAGUCCCGCUGCAGUCGAGCAGUGGCGAAGCGUCCUGGCUCGCCUGCAUCUGGCGACCGCGCCUCCGGCGCUUACGCCCCCUGCCGAUCUUGAACGCUUUUUGCCCUCUGCCGCACCGAGGUUUGCGGCCGCGCCUCCGCCGCUUGACACCUUGUCGAUGUCGGACCCCCCGCGGGCAGACUUCGAUCACUGCAGCGCCGGAAGUAUGGCGGUGAAGAUGUAUGGUUGGCUUGCUCGGCCCCCCCGGGGUUGACCACGCUCGUCGCGGCAUAAAUGCUCGAGCUGCGACGGUUUGAAGGAACAUGCAACGAAGACGCCUGGCAAGCGGCCCCGUCUUCCUCCUGAUUUGCCUCCCUUUGCCGAUGAUCCUCAGGCGUGAGGCCACCAGAUGCUCGGUUAAGAUAUUCGGAAAGCACGCGUCGAUCGCGUUUUCUUUACAGACUCUGUGUGCGAUCAGUCCCCCGCCCUGCGCCCGACGGCAGGAGUAGAGGCAUACGUCUGCGAGUGCUGUGAGGUCUUCAGCUCGUCCCGCGGACUCCAACCCCACCAGUGCGCUAAACACGGGAAGCGGAAUGAAGGAAUUUUCUAAGUUUCCGGGUCCAAGCGCUCAUGUUGUGGCAUUAAAUUUGUCUCCCGCUUCCGCAUUUUGUCUCACUUAUCCGUUUGACUUGACGGCUAUUGUCGUGACGCCGAGCAGGUAGGUUGCAGCUAUCAUAUUGCCACGGUUCCUGCUCGACGAAUGACGGGUUCUAGGCCGCGUCUCCUCCUGACUGCUAUGCUCGUGAUUAGUACAUCAUUUGUGCAAGCCUGUACAGUCAAGGUGGUGUUUGCUUUGAACGACCAUUCCUUGUAUAAUACAAGAACAUAUGGCUUUCGAUGCGAGGCUAGCCGACUCACUCGUCACGCUGCGCGAGCUUGACCUCUUGCUUGGGCAUGGUGGCUCUAUGUAUCACCCACUCUGAUGCCGCGCUAUCGGGCGGGGCGACAAGUUGAUCUUUUUCGAUGAUGGGGAAGAGGACUCACUCCAGGGCACCCUCCUCGCCAGAAACGCCGGUAGCCGCUCCGCCAAAGCUGCCAGUUCUCGUUGCCCGCGCGUUGGCCUCCCAAGUUUCGCAAGGCAGCCAUUCGCUCCCAGCGCGGUUCCGGCCCGCUGCGUCAGUGGAUAAUUGGUUGGAAGAGGUACCGGCAAUGUGUGACCUUAUCGUGGCCUCACAUCGCCAGGACAUACGGUUUGUCGCCGUGGCCCUCGUCCAGCCCGCCACGCCCGAGUGCUUGUGCAGUGUGUGCAGUGGCUUGCCCUCUGGCCCGGGUCGGCAGUGAGCCCAUCCAGCGAGGCUUCGCUCGCCGCUCGCCGCUUGCUCUACGUCUACACCAUGGGCGGGCAGUGCGUUCCCGUUGUCCGUUCCCCUCCCCUUUCCCCGCUCCCCGCUUUCCGUGCCCGCGCUUCCAGUUUCCCCGGCUCCCUCUUCUUCGUCCUCCUCUGUUUCUCUCAUACUCCUCCUGCCCCCUGUUUCUUUUUUUCCGCGUCCGCCCGAACUCCGUGCCAGGCUGUCGCACGCGUCUUCGGGCACAUGGUGGCGCAGAUGGCCUCGUUCGUCAAUUCACUACGCGGGCGAUAGCGCUAUCGAGGGGUUCGUCCAACAGGCCUCCCAGGAAUUCGCGCACCUACUCGGAGCCCUUGAAAAACUGUUCAGGAGCGCUUGAGGGAUUAGGCAAAGGAUCUUUUUGCCGGCAUGCGGCAUAUAUCAGAAGGUCUCACGCAUCUUCAGUGCACUGGUUUUGCGCUCCGGAAAGCUCGAAGCUUACAGCAUCAGAAUCGUGCAUUGCCCUUUCUUGAGCGUGCGACCUAAAUGGUCGAUGUCAGCAUGUAGUUGAGUUUAAAGCCGCGGUUGCAGUCUACAGUUUACAGCGAGCAUUGGCAAUCUCGCUGUGCGUUGACGUGUGGUAGAAUAUGUUUGCAAUGUCCAGCCAUAUUAGCCAGAUGUUUUUGCGGACUGUUGGCCGCGGUCGCAGCGACCUACGAGCCAUGCUUGCGCUGCACGCUUUCUCAUGGCACCAGGCCCGAAUCGGCGGAAAAGAUAGGCGACCAAACGAAAUCGGUGAUCGAAGCCGUGCUUGAAGUUGUGACCGA